AUUCAGUACAUUUAAAACAUUCCCGUUCAGAGGUAGAACGUAUUUAAAAUGCUAAAAUCCCGAAUUGCGUUGCUUUGGGCACUGCUGGCAUUGAGUUCAUAUGGAGCUUUGGCGGAGACCGAAUCAGUUUGUCUUUUGGAGGAUCCGCCCAAUCAGUGCGGCGGAUUCUGCCUAGGAGUAUUGACGCCAGUGUUGAAUCACUUGACUUUGUCGCAGGAUCAGAGGAAUGUGAGUGAGGUGAGCAAGGCAAACGAAGUCCUGGUGCGACAGUACACCAUGGAAAGUCAACUGGCCUCACUGGAGAACCAGCAAAGGACUUCGGGUGUUAACCAGCAGAACUUAACGGAGAGACAGGAUGAAUUGGAAAGCCAACUGGCAGCCUUGCGGGAAACAUUAACCACAGUGGAAGUGAAAAUUAAAUAUCUGGGAUUCGAGCAAAUCGGCUCGAAAUACUAUUACGUUGAGAAGUACUCAGAGAAGAGUUGGUCGAGUGCUUCAAAAACUUGUCGCCAGAUGGGAGGGCACCUUGCUGAAUUUAAGGACGAAAAGGAACUGAUCGACAUUCAGGCGAUUCUCAAGAAGGACACACACUAUUGGCUGGGAAUUAACGAUUUGGUUAAAGAGGGUGAAUACAUGUCAAUGUCCUCCGGAAAACCAGCUUCUUUUAUAAAAUGGGCCACUGGCAGUCCCACCCAAUUGACCACUAAUAACUGCCUAUUUCUUUUAAUGGUGGAAUGAUCGAUUACCCUUGUAGCUACAGUUUUCUGUUUAUUUGCCAGACAGAGGAAGAAUAUUAGUUGGAAAUAAAAGAAAAACUGGGUUGUCAUUAUUAAUAGCAACACAAUUAUGUAAUCCAUUGU